GGCUGUUCGGGUGGGUCGGCGCUUGUCCCUCCGCUCCCCCCACCCCGGAGGCGCCGGGCCCCUUGGAUGCCGCCGAGAUGGGGAAGGUGCUGUCCAAGAUCUUCGGCAACAAGGAGAUGCGGAUCCUGAUGCUGGGUCUGGACGCGGCUGGUAAAACCACCAUCCUGUACAAACUAAAGCUGGGCCAGUCUGUCACCACCAUCCCCACCGUCGGCUUCAACGUGGAGACGGUUACUUACAAAAACGUCAAGUUCAACGUGUGGGAUGUCGGGGGCCAGGACAAGAUCCGUCCUCUCUGGAGGCACUACUACACGGGCACGCAAGGGUUGAUCUUUGUGGUGGACUGCGCCGAUCGCGACCGCAUCGACGAGGCCCGCCAGGAGCUCCACCGCAUAAUCAAUGACAGGGAGAUGCGGGACGCCAUCAUCCUUAUCUUCGCCAACAAGCAGGACCUGCCGGAUGCCAUGAAACCCCAUGAAAUCCAGGAGAAACUGGGCCUGACCCGAAUCAGGGAUAGGAAUUGGUACGUGCAGCCCUCCUGUGCUACUACAGGGGAUGGACUCUAUGAAGGGCUGACAUGGUUAACGUCCAAUUAUAAAUCCUAAUGAGUGAAUAACUAUUUAGUCUACAAAGAAUUAAAGAAAAAAAAAAAAAACCCACAUGGCUUUCCGGAAGAAUGAUUCUCUACUGAAAAGUAAGACAAAAGCAUCCAUAGGAUUAUGAUCACCUUUCUCCAGUUACCACCCUUUCCUUCUGCACACUUGACUGGAUUCCUGUUUUAACUCUUUUUGCUUGGCGUUAGGAUGCUCUAAUCUCCGAAUGUGACAUGAACACAAGCACUAGAUGCUAUGGCAGACUUCCAGCAAACAGGGGAAAGACACAUUGUAGACUUGCUAAGUAACUUUUUUUUUUUCCUCUUGAUAGCCCUUAAGAUGGUUUGAUUUAUUUUGGGGGAUGGUUGGGGGAGGGGUACCAUUUUCAGUGUAUGCUUUCUGAUUCUACUUUUUUGAUUAUAUUUUUUUUUCUUCUAUCACUUGCUGUAGAUUGCUACUUUUUUGCAUUCAUGCAGAAUAUGUUGAUAGGUCUACUUCAUCUAGUAAACUGAAAAUUAUUGCUUAAAAUCAAA